UUGCUGUUAACGAUCCCAAGCCUGAAUAAACCACCCUUUAAGUAUAUUUCCUUUUGUCGAGCCUGCAUUUGUGUCCUGCCCUCGUCCAGUCCUGACAGAACGAACGAGCCAGACAUGGACGCAGCGGGCUCGAAACCGGUCGCCAGGAAUCAAGAUGAUGACCUUCAAUUUUUUUUUAUUUGUUUUCGUGACUGUUUCUCUCCAAAAGAGAAAUUUGAUUAUCUUGAGCAGGCAUGGGAAAUCGUGGAAGCCAAUGAAUGGCUUUAUGAACGCUUCCCUGAUCUGCAAGACCUGGACACGAUUUUUUCUGGCACUACACUUCCUGACUGGAUAAAACAUCCAGAGGCCCACCCGUGUUCACAGCCCCUGCCUGUCGAUGACGACGCUGAAUGGAGCGAUUGUGAUGACGAUGACGAAGACAAUUCGUCGGAGUCAGAGCAGUUUGUAGUACAGGACUCGGUAAACGUCUUGUUCAAGGUACAGGACUUGUUUUAUGAAUACCAUGACAAUCUGAGUCCACAGAACCGACGUCGCGUUCUGUCGGACCUUGACCAGCUGUUACAAGCCGAGCCUGACGUGGUUCGCGCCUUUCCUGACCUUGAGAACAUAAAGGCUCAGUUUAAGCAGGGCCUUCUUCCGCCAUGUAUCGAAGAUCCGAUAGAGUUCAUGUUUGAAUCAGACAUCACCGCAGCCUGUUCGACCGCACCACGGCACAUAACGAUAUUGGACGCAGCCUGGUGUGCAUCAGGAAAAGAACCGGCUGCACCUGCAAAACCGAAGACACCGGGACCACGACCACGCUCAACACCCAUGCAAGCCCCUUCACGAGCACCACCUAAGUCCGCACCACGAGUGACACACGUGGCUUCCACACGCUCGCUUCGGACCGAAGCGGAGCCGGCCUCCUCAUGCCCGACUUCCCAACGUCUCCGGGCCACGACAACGGCUGUUCUCAGCCUUCCUCCUGUUCCAGCUCCUCGACAGCCCUGCGCGCCUGUGCCACCGAAGACCGUGCGCUUCGCACCUGCAGCUGCUCCAGUCUCCACACCAGCGGCACCAGCGACGCUUCCAGCCGGCCCGGUCUCCAUGCGCACUGCACCAGCAACUGGAGCGAUCUCCGCACCUGCGGCACCUCCCGCCGAACCAGUCUCUGUGCGCAUCACUCCAGCGGUUGCUCCAGACUCCACGGCAGCUGCACCAGCGGCUACUCCAGUCUCCAUGCCAGCGGCACCAGCGACGCUUCCAGCCGGCCCGGUCUCCAUGUGCACUGCACCAGCGACUGGAGCGAUCUCCGCACCUGCGGCACCUCCCGCCGAACCAGUCUCUGUGCGCAUCACUCCAGCGGUUGCUCCAGACUCCACGCCAGCUGCACCAGCGGCUACUCCAGUCUCCAUGCCAGCGGCACCAGCGACGCUUCCAGCCGGCCCGGUCUCCAUGUGCACUGCACCAGCGACUGGAGCGAUCUCCGCACCUGCGGCACCUCCUGCCGAACCAGUCUCUGUGCGCAUCACUCCAGCGGUUGCUCCAGACUCCACGCCAGCUGCACCAGCGGCUGCUCCAGUCUCCACGCCAGCGGCACCUGCGACGCUUCCAGCCAGCCCGGUCUCCAUGCGCAAUGCGCCAGCGACUGGAGCAAUCUCCACACCUGCGGCACCAGCGACUGCUCCAGACUCCACGCCCACGGCUGCAUUGGACUUUGCGCGCACCACGCCAGCACCUGUUCCAGCGCACGCCGCACCACAACCAGUCUCAAGGCCAGACGGUGCGUCGUUCGCACGCAUGCCGUCGGAACCUUCCCCUCCUGCGCCUCCUCAUCCUGCUCCAGCUUCCCUGCCAGCACAGAAGAUGACGAUCGAGGACGCAAACCUGGAGAUGGUUAGUGACAUUUUACUUGAACUGUAUUUGUUGCGGGUCUAUUUUGUACUCACAUUGUUUACCUCUGUGCUUUGUUGGUUCAAAGCCCCACGCCUACUCCUGGGGUGGACCAUGUCUGACCUUGACUCACAGUUUCAGAGCGUCAUGACCUGGCUGUUGGGUAAAAUUAUUUUGUUCUUAGGGGUCUCCCCAGGGGGCGGUUGUGGGUUCAUGGAAACAUUUUCCAUCUCACGCCUGUUAAAUUUCUCUCUCACGUCUCCAAGUACUUCUGGCCAUGCCAGUUAUCCACAGACUUUGAUUUACCUUCUCGUGCAGUACAUUCGGCACCCUGAGCAAAUGCAGGAUUUUCUGGUUGGUACUUGUGUUGGUCUGGUUUUGUUUGUUUUCUGUCUGCACUUUUGCUCGUUUAUGGGGAUUUUUUGCUUUUUUGGGGUUUUGUUCAAGAACUUUUAUUUACUGUAUGAGGGCUCUUUUCUGUCUUGUUUUUGUCAUUGUUGUAAGGUAGUGUGUAUGCACGUAAAUGUCUUGUGUUUCUGUACCUGGAAUGUGAACGCCCUCUGUUUUGCGUGUGGCUUAGCUCUACUCCCUUUUGCCCAGUGGCUUCUUCGCAUGGUGGGACUCCUCCUGAGGAGGAAGUUUUCUGUACACCACUGUUUUGGAGCUAUUCAUCCUAAACCUGGCCCCGAUUGUUCUUUGGGAACCACUCUAGGGGCCGGUUUGUCCCAAGGCCGAGUUCCUGAUGUCACCACGCCCGUUUCUCCACGGGUCCACUCCCCUGACCUCGUGGUAACUCACGACCCGGGUGUGUGUCACGUGCCCAGGCCCUUUGUUGAGCCGUAUUGUCGCCCGCCUGGAGGCCUCUUUCCUGCCUUGGCUAUGCCCAGUUUUGGGCCCCUCGACCGCCUGCCCGGGUACUGUUAUUCCACGUUUCCUCUGCCUGUUUUGCUGGGGUCUGUUGUCCGACAUCCCUGGGGUUUUGUUUUUUUUCGGCCCUCUUGUGGCUCUCCUCUCUCGUUCUGCCCUCCGUCCUGUUCCCCCUGCCGCCCUCCCGGUGUCGGGUUCCUGGGGGAGGGGUACUGUCAUGUCCCGGCCGUUCCAGGCUUCAGCCCGUAUGGCCCUUCUUCAUUUAGUUCUGUUCCUUUGGCAUCAGCCUCGUUUUGUUAAUUACCUUUUUCUUCAUGUGGGGUUUUUUUCCAUGUUCUGAUUUUU